UCUGGCUCAACUUUAUUGUUGCUAGAAUGGUUGAUACAAACAGCUGUUUUAUUUUCUAGAGUAGUUGUGCAUGUCUCAGCUGAUUGGUCGAAUGUGAAAUUUACAUGAAUUGAUGCCCUAACCUAAACUUAUAGUUUCAUCAACAUGAGCAGCAGAGCGAAACUUAUUUUACAAUUAGCUUUGGAGGACAAUGUAAAUAAUUCUCAGCAAUUACUAUUAUUACCAGAACAAACUACUAAAGAAAACAAUGAAACAAACGUCUUAAGCUUGUCUUCGAUGGACACAAAUCCUGCACCCUCAUUGACAUCAUUACAGGCAGUUGAUCCGUUUGUUCUUCUCAACAAUGAAAAUGAAUAUAUAAUGGAAGUCGAAUCAGAAAGUAAUAAAGAAUUCGCUACUGAUGAAAAUAUUGUUUGGAAUGAUGGUAUUACCAACCAGGAUUUUCAGUCAUAUGAUAUCUCCUUUUCAUCGCAAGGCCUAGUUGCUGAAGAAGAGGAUAGUCUUCAAGAAUUGGCUGUCUCUGGUAAUGCAGAUAUCCCAUCACCAGGAACUUCUGUUUUGUCAUCUAACGUAGAUGACACUGAUAUUGAUAGCACAUACUGUCCUCGUUUCAACUCAGAGUCAGAACUAUCUACUGAUGAGUCUAUAGUGAGUAUUCCUAGAGUUGCUUCAAAGGUUUCAAGUGACAGUACUUCUUAUGUGAGGAGGAGCCAAAAGAUAGCUCAAGACAAAAUUCUACUGGUUCCUUACACUGAUUCGGACACGGAGGAAGAAGCAAACAAAACCAAUCCUAAUGUAAAAAAAGGAAAGAAGAGGGUGAGGAAUGAAAACAAAUGGAAAAAAUGUGUGAGGAAACAGCUAAGAGUUAGUGGAAAAAACUAUCUUAGUGCUAAGGGAGCAGAGAUUAAAGCAAGAUCUCUGAAAUCUCCUUGCAAAUCUACUUGCCGUCUCAAGUGCUAUCAGCGCUUUACCAAAGAUCAGAGAGAAGGUAUAUUUUCAGAUUUUUUGGAGAGAAGACAGAGACUGGGAUUCUAA